GCUCGAGAAAGCUGUUAAAACACAAGACACUACUUGUAAGAGGUCCGAAAUGCUCUUAGAAAAAUGCAUUAAAUCAGGACUGCGAUCAUGCUCAACUUUGGCAAGGGCAGAAUUACGAGGUGGCCUAAGGGAUAUUCCAGCCCCAAAGGGCUUGCCUUUGUUGGGAACAUUACCACAGCUUUUGGCUGCAGGUUCUGCUUCCAGAUUGCACGAGUACAUCGACAACCGCCACCGCUCCCUUGGACCUGUCUUCCGCGAGGCCGUCGGCCCAGUCCGCGCCGUCUUCCUGUGCGACCCGGACGACAUGCGAGCCGUGUUCUCGCCCCGGGCCGAGGGCCGACGACCGCGGCACGUCUUGCCCGACUCGUGGCUUCUGCACAACAGACGGAGCGGAGCCGAACGAGGUUUACUCUUCAUGGACGGUGAGGAAUGGUGGCACUUUAGACGCUUAAUGAACAAACUUUUGAUGGGAAAAGACUUGAAUUGGUUAGGAGCACCUUUGGAUAUAUGUUUAGAUAAACUCAUCACAGAUUGGGGCAAGGAUUUACAAACUGGAGAAAGCAAAAAUAUUGUAGACUUGGAACAGAAUCUCUACAGGUUAUCUAUCGACGUGAUGGUGGCAGCGCUCCUAGGAUCAGCGUAUGAACCUUCAAGACAUAUUUUAGAGCCAACUCUUGAAAAAUUUGGUCGUAUUGUAAAUGAAGUGUUUCUUCAUUCUGCAAAAUUAACUGUGAUACCGGCUGAAAUUGCCGAAAAAUUUCAACUGCCCGCUUGGAGAAGAUUUGUUCGAGCAGUUGAUACAACGCUCUCUUUAGGUAAUAUGUUGGUGAAUCAAAUCCUAGACGAAUGUCCAGAAGGAGAUGGUCUGAUGGCUGGUAUGAUAAAUGAAGGCGUUUCUAGAUCUGACAUUCAAAGAAUUGUUACAGAUUUAGUAAUUGCUGCCGGUGAUACGACAGCAUUUACAACACAAUGGGCCCUAUUGCUGUUAGCAAAAAAUUCACAUCAACAACACAACGUCAGAAAUGAUAUUCUGAAUGGAAAUCGAAGUCUGACAAAAGGAGUUCUGAGGGAAACCCUGAGAUUGUAUCCUGUUGCCACUUUUAUAACAAGAUUUUUGGCCCAAGAUAUGCUUUUGGGAGGAUACUCAAUUCCUGAAGGGACUUUAACGAUAUGUUCUUUAUACACCGCGGGUCGUGACCCAGAAAAUUUUGCAAGACCCCAAGAAUUCCUUCCUGAAAGAUGGUGCCGAAAUGAUGCCCUUGCAGGAGAAGGACUAUUAAGGGCUCAUGCAUCCAUUCCUUUUGCUUUGGGAAGCAGAUCUUGCAUAGGACAAAGGAUUGCUAAUAUGCAGAUUCAGGAAACUUUGGCAAAGCUGUUGGAGUCAUUUACCAUCGAAUGCACAAAUACGAACAAAAUCGAGAUGGUCAUGAGAAUGGUGGCAGUGCCUUCAGAACCAGUCAAAUUGAAAAUCACAAAAUUAUAA